AUGUCAGAUCAUAAACAAAGAUGUAAUUGUGUGAAAAGUAAAAAAGAUCUGAAUCAUCCAUAUCCGUCAUUAUCCACAUCACCUUUUGGGGUAUGCUCGGAUUGCAAUUCACCUAACACCGAUAAACCUCAAUACAAUAAAUAUGGAUGGUGUCAUUCAUGCAAUUCAACUAGAUUUGAAAAAGAACUGUCUUCGUGGACAAGUAAUAAUCCUGAGAUUGAUAAUUUGAUUAAAGGUUCUCAAUUAAAUGCCAUGAAGAGUCGACAAGUAUUAGAAUGGAUACCUUAUGAAAAGUUAUAUAACGUACAAUUUGUCGCUAAAGGUGGAUUUGAUUGUAUUGUUUAUUCCGCAACUUGGGUCGAAGGUAAUAUCCUUUUUUGGGAUUCAAAGAAACAAAAUUGGGUUCGUCGUGCUCCAGUCCCAGUUGCAUUAAAACGUUUCGAAAAUUCUCAUAAUAUCACCGCCGAUUUUUUCGAAGAGGUAAAUUUAAGUUGA